GCAACUUCCCUGCUUGCAUCCAACAACUUGUGCAAUGGCGCUGGUUCUAGCCACUUUGGCUCUGACAUUCGCCACCAUUAUGGGGAUGGUGGCUGCAGCUGUUCUUGCAUAUUUUUGCUGGAAUGGCGUAAUGUGGCUAAUUGAACCAAACGAUGGACCUGUACCUCCGAGCAUGACGUGGGAUGUGCGGAACCGUCCCAUGAAUGCAUGGACAGAUGGUUCUGCAGCACGUGAUUUAGUUCAACGUGCUGACGUUGUGGGCAGAGCUCCGAUGUGUCAAGAGCUUGCUUGGAAUGGUCAGAUGCUGUCGUCCCAUGCAAAUGCUGGAGUCAACAAAUACCAGUACAAGGAUUUUGGCCGGGAUUGGUUGAACAAGCAAACUGGAGAGUGUGCAAUCGAAGAGGAAAUUCAAUCGCCCCCUCCUCGAGCUAGGAAGGAAACCACACCCUUGGAUUUGAGUCCAGUGGCAGUCAAAAUGCCAAAUAGAAGUAGGGUUGCACAAGAAGUGGUCUCGAUGGAAGACCUCCAGAAGGGAUAUGCAGCUCACUUCGCAUUGUGGUUCAAUGGCGACCUGCAAUAUCAUCUCGGCAAUCUUCGUGCAGUGACUGACGCGUACGCACUGAAUGCUCCGGAUAUGUGCUACUGCUUCCUAUGUCUGGAAGCAGCUGCUAAAGGCACAUUGACUUUGAAAAAAUGGGCUACUGGUGUGUAUGCCGCUCGCAUCUGGCUAGUUUCCCUGGCCCGCUUUGUGAAGACAGCUCAACGAACGCGCGGGGCGCAGGAUGAAGACAAGAUGGAGCCUCUAUGCCAGGAGUGGCAAUACAAUCAGGAUCAUUUUGUUCGGGAAGUCUUGGCGUGCGAGGUGCCUUUUCAACGGGAGCACGGCCGGACUUUGCUUGCAGCCUUCCAGACAGAGGAUAUCAGGAAGGUGGAAGUGCGCCGUGCCCAGCAAAUUCUUUUGCAGCAUGGAGCCACUGCGCCAGUCAAAGGACAGCGGCAGCUAGCAUUACCUUUGAGUUCAUCUCAAAAGGAUGCCAAAACCAAGGCAUUGACCAACGAGGUUUUGCCUUCGGCAUCGGAUUGUGUUCCCAAGCGACGGAAUGCUGAAGUUGGAACUGUCGCAUUACCAACAAAGCGCCCUCGCAAGUGGUGAGCAGCCGCCUACGCUGACUCCCAAGAUGAUCGACCUGUGCAUGAUCAUAUCACAUUCCAUGUUUGAAUUCGGCUGAAGCGCAGAGCAGUGUCUGAAAAGAGGGCCAGCACUCUUCGGGCGAGGUGCCUGCGCUGUUUGCAUCAAUUCAAUUAUCUUGCAGUCAUGUGAAGCCGACUGCAACUUGUACAAGUAGCAGGAGUCUCAAGGCUUAUUCGAGGCUUUCUUAUGGAGGAGUCUUGUUGCUCAAUAGGACCAUGGCAUGAAACAAUUGCAAGACCUGUCC